AUGGAAACAGAAUUGCAUAAAGUGAAAGCAGGAGAGUUGAGAGUUGGGGUUGCGAGUACUACAAGUGAGCUUUCUAAUUCCCUGGCUAAGCUUCCUAAGCUACCUUCAUUUGAUGAAUCUAAAGACUGUAUAGAUUCUUAUUUGCAGAGGUUUGCAUCCAAUGCUAGAUGGGAUUCAUCUUCGUGGGCUAUUAAUCUUAGUGCUCUUCUUCAAGGUAAGGCUCUGGAGGUUUAUUCUCGCCUACCGGUUUCAGAGGCUUUGGAUUAUAAUGGUUUGAAGCAGGCUUUGUUGAAGCGUUUCCAGCUUACUGAGGAGGGUUUUCAUUCGAAAUUUCGUUCCUGUAAGCCAGACCAAGGUGAGAGUCCCUCGCAAUUUCUUGCUAGAUUGGAUAAUUAUGUGGAAAAAUGGUUGAAUUUGUCUGGAGGUACGCGAAGUUAUGAAGGUCUCAAGGAUUUGUUUUUGAGGGAGCAGUUCAUGAACAGUUGUAGUAAACCUCUGUCUAUGUUUCUCAAAGAACGACAUCCCAAGAAUGUGGAUGAAAUGUCUAAUCUUGCUGAUCAGUUUAUUGAAGCUCAUGGUUACUCUUCUUUUACUAAAGACUCGCAGGCUUUUCAGAAACUCUCUCUAAUUGGAAACAGUUCCAGAGGUGCCAGCCACAAUGGGCAAUUGCAAAUGCAGUAUACAGACCCUUUGCAGAGAAGACCAUUUUUACAGAGUCAGCUGGAUCAGUGUAAGUCAAAUUCUGUAAAUACUAAUGGUGGUAGUCUUUUGCAGCAGCAUAAGAAAACAGGUCAGAGAAACAAAGUGUACCAGGAUGUAUCCAUGCAAGAGCAAUCUCAGAUUGGGUCAGCAUGUUUAGUGACGAGCAUUUUGAUGGACUGUUGUGUGACUGAUGGUCAGGUGAGAUUGGCAUGUGGACAUGUUCUACCAGUAAUAGGAGGAGCAUGCAAGAUUGGUACAGUGCGUACAGUAGAAGAGGCCUCAAUUGAUAUUGACACACCUUUCUAUACAGGGAAAGUAAAUGCUCUUUGUAUGAAAGAACCUGUGUAUGAUUUAAUUAUAGGAAACCUGGAAGGUGCCAGAAAUCAUUUGGAUCCGGAUGAACAAUGGUGUAAGAGAAAAAACCAAAAGGAAGGUAGUGAGGUUCUUCAAUCUGUUGUAACCAGAGGCCAGGCUAUAAAAAACAAGCAAGGUAUGAAAGCAUUGAAUGUUGCAGGAGGGGUGGAUGUAGAGGUUUCAGUUAACAAAAUGAAGGAACUUCAGGCAGAAGAUAAAACACUAGGAGUGUACCGAAAUUAUGCAAUCUCUGGUAAGAGGAAAGUAAUGGGAGAUGGUAUUGUAACCUGGUUUACUGUAGAGAAAGGCUUGCUAUAUCGACUAUUCCAGUCACCUAAGGUAAGCAAUAACAAAUUGUUCAAACAACUUAUUGUUCCAGAAUCUUUAAGGCAAAAGGUGAUGAGCAUUGCUCAUGACAGUAUUUUAGGAGGGCACCUCGGUGCUAAGAAAACCUUAGAUCAUUACAGUACCAGAUAUCCUGAAGCAGUUCCACUGAAAGGCAUUGAGACAGAGCAAGUGGCAGAGGCGUUGGUACAAAUUUUCAGUAGAGUUGGGAUCCCAAAGGAAAUAUUGUCAGACAUGGGUACGCAAUUCACGUCAAAUCUCAUGAAGGAGGUAGGUAGACUUUUGUCUGUUAAGCAGUUAGUAACAACACCCUAUCAUCCUGCAUGUAAUGGUUUGGUUGAAAGAUUUAAUGGAACCUUAAAAACAAUGUUGAGAAAAAUGAGUUCUGAAAGACCAAAAGACUGGGACAGGUACUUGCCAGCAUUGCUAUUUGCUUAUAGAGGAGUCCCACAAGAAAGUACUGGAUUUUCACCCUUUGAACUUUUAUAUGGUAGAACAGUCAGAGGACCCAUGACUGUGCUGAAAGAGUUAUGGACGAAGGAAGAAACUAUGCCUGAUGUGAAAAGUACUUACCAGUAUGUGAUAGACCUGAAGGAACGACUGUCAAGAACCUGUGAACUAGCACAGAAGGACUCAAGAAAUCUAGUGCAAGAUACAAGAAAUAUUACGACAGAAAAACAAAGACUAAGACUUUUAAGGUGGGUGAUUAUGUUUUAA